GUAGUCGUUCGCUAUAGUCUCGAUGCCACCGGCUCGCGCCACGGCCACAUAACAGUUUUCGUUCCCAAAGUCGAUCCCGAUCACGGACAUCGCAGCCAUGGCUCUGUGGGGGGAAGCCUCGAACAAUCGGACACUUCCUCUCUGUGACCGCACUCAAGAGCGAGCGAGAGAGAGAGAGAGUGGGCGAGAAAGAGAGAGAGAGACAGAGAAACUCCCGGCAGCAGCGGAGCUAGUCUUCCUCGAGGAUUCUCUCUCGCGCACCAGCUGACAGCUACUUCGGAUGAGUCUCUCGCGCGACGACACGACGAGAAGCGACUGAAGUUAGCCUCGAGAUAGACGUGGGUCUAUUUAUUGUAUGUAUAUGUGUGUGUGUACACACUCGCGCGCGCGUUGCUCCGAAAGAAGUGCUCUCGCUCUCCGUCCGACACUGACUGACUUCUGCUGCGCUGCGGGCCGCUUCAAAACCGACCAAUCACGGGCGCGCGCCGAUUGGCGCGCCGCCAAGCCUGGAAUAUUCUGGAAAGCGCGGCGAUUGGUCGCCGGAACCCGACUUCUCGAAACAUCGAACGCGAUCGAUCCUGCCAACUCGCUGAUCGAGAUAAGUCUCCUGACUAAUUGCGAAAUUAUAUACCUCUCUUUAUAGUACUUUAUACGAGUCCAAGUGCGAUAUUGUUUGAAUUUUUUCAAAAAGACGUCGCAAUUGGCGCUGAGACACCGAGGAUCUUAGGAGUCCUUGCUUAUUUUUUCGAGUCGAACAUUUGCCGAGUCUGCAGGAUUCUCGCAGGAAUCGUUCCUUGGUCGAUAUAGAGAUUCUUUGUAACACGCUGUAAAAAUUUUAUGGCUUGAUUCCGGUUGUGUCUCGAGUUUUGCGGAUCGCGUAAACAUAAUAAAUCGAUGCAAAAUAAAGCCACGUUGUGUCGUUAUAGCAACUAUCCGUCGUAGUAAUCCGAAAUCGAUUCGCGUCGUCGCGUGGUGACAUUUACAAACUUGGCAGGAAAAAAACGCGCGGCGAGAAAAUUAACAGAUCGAAAUGUCACGAUUACACGUGAUGAAAUUAUGCUCGUUUAUAAUGAGAAAUACCAAAACGAGAAAUCCGCCGACGAGCUUCAGCCGAUUUUAUCCAAGAUUCGGUGAUCGGUUUGACAGUGUCACGUGUCAGAGAGGUUACACUCAGUAUUGCUCACAACUGAGGAUCUUUUUUCCACUAUACAAAUUGUUGGACAGAGUAUUUUUUGAAUAUCGUCCCGUGAAACUGUCAACGAAGGAAGAAUACAGAAAAUAUGACAACAAGAAACACAGAAGACAUUAUAAACAUCUUGGAUUGCUUUUAAGCGGUCUUGGAUUUAUAGUGGCUUUCUGCGAUGCUCCAAAUUUAGCAGGUAAAAAAGAGAUUUUUCGUGCUGCUCAAUACGGUAAUAUUUCUGAAUUAAAAAAGGCUAUAAUAGAUGGCAUUGAUGUAAACACAAGACACCCAUUGGGUUGGACAGCAUUGCAUACUGCUGCUAUUAAUCAAAAAGAAGAAGUCAUUAAAAUUCUAUUACAGAAUGGUGCCGAUGUAAAUGCAGGAGAUAAUUUUAUUAAUGUAUAUAGAACCGCCAUGGAAAUGGGAUUACAUUCUUUGGAUGUCCUUAUGAAGAGAGAGGAAGAAUUUUCUGAUCGACUAAAUAAUCGGGCCACGUUUCAAGGUUUUACAGCACUGCAUUAUGCUGUAUUGGCCGAUUCAAAAAUAUGUGUGAAAACAUUAUUAGAUGGUGGAGCAAACCCAACUAUAGAAAAUGAAGGUGGACAUCGAGCAGUUGAAUAUGCUACAGGGGGAGAAAUUAAAGAAAUGCUUAUUAAACAUGCUAUUAAAUACGAUGAAAUAGUAAAAGGGAAGGAAGCGGAGGAACGUCGUCGAUUUCCAUUGGAACAACGUUUAAAGCAACAUAUUGUUGGACAGGAGGGACCAAUUUCUAUUGUUGCAUCUACUAUUAGAAGGAAAGAAAAUGGUUGGAUAGAUGAGGAACAUCCACUAGUAUUUCUUUUCUUGGGUUCAUCAGGCAUUGGCAAGACGGAAUUAGCUAAGCAAUUAGCUGCUUAUAUUCACAAAGAUAAACGAGACAGUUUUAUUCGAUUAGAUAUGUCUGAAUAUCAGGAAAAACAUGAGGUUGCAAAAUUAAUCGGAGCACCACCAGGAUAUGUGGGACAUGAUGAUGGAGGACAACUAACAAAACUUUUAAGAAAGUAUCCUUCUGCUGUUGUACUUUUCGAUGAAGUUGAUAAAGCUCACCCCGAUGUUUUGACUAUUUUGCUACAACUCUUUGAUGAAGGAAGACUGACUGAUGGUAAAGGAAAGACAAUCGAAUGCAAGAAAGCUAUUUUUGUAAUGACAUCAAAUUUAGGAAGCGAAGUAAUUGCGGAGCAUGCAAUGCAGCUUAGAGCAGAAUCUGAAAGAUUAUUAAAUCAUAGAUUGAGCAAUACUCAUGAAGAUCAAGAACCAGAACGUAUUGAGAUAUCUCGUAAUUUUAAGGAUCAAGUGGUACGUCCGAUACUAAAAGCUCAUUUUCGGAGAGACGAGUUUCUGGGAAGAAUAAAUGAAAUAGUUUACUUUUUACCAUUUUCCCGAGCAGAAUUGGUAAAAUUAGUUACCCGGGAAUUGGAAGCGUGGGCUACGCGUGCAAAAGAAAGGCACACGAUUGAGUUAAAGUGGGAAAGAGAGAUCCUAUCGAUAUUAGCAGAUGGGUACGAUGUCCAUUAUGGUGCCCGUUCCAUUAAGUACGAAGUGGAAAGGCGUGUUGUUAAUCAAUUAGCAGCGGCUCACGAACGUGGGCAGCUUGGUAAAGGAUGUAGCGUAUUAUUAAAAGCAAAAUGGCAUGAAAAUGAAAAUAGCGCAAGUAUAACUCUUUCUGUUCGGCAAAAGGGUUCAAAAAGUUUUGUCGAUAUUGCAGAAACAGAUAAAUUAACGACAAAUGUGAAUUCAAAGUUUUUAUAAUUGAUACUUAUAGGAAGAAAGAUUUUGUUUCAAUAACUUGUAUAUAAAUACUAUCAUUUGAAAAAAUAUAUAUACUUAUAUAUAUGUGCAUAUAUAUAAAAGAAUAUAUACUUUUAUUCAGUGUUUCUUUUUCAGGGGGUACGCGCGGAGGUACGCGUACCUCUUAAACAUUUGGAAAGUUCAUAUGAGAAGAGACACUACCAGUACUUAUUUAAAUUUGCUUAUACAUUCUUUGGAGAUGUUUUUUUUUUUGAGUUCAAACUGAGAGUACUCGUUAAAUUUGUUUUAGAAGAAAG